GCUUAUCAUGUUAAAAUGGGUGAUCUUGCGCUUGUAGCUGCUCGCGAGUGUUUGAAAUGGGCCAUGACUGGUCUUGUGACCUCCGACAUCCCAGAACUUGAGCACAUUCCUGCGACUGCAUUCCAUGAUCUUCUGCGGUACCAUGAAGAAUGCAGGGUAGUAGCCCCAAAGGUGGCUGCAUGGACAUCUGUUAAAUCAUGGGAUUCAAGAAUUGAAAGCUGCAUCUGGUUUAUGUGCAGCUUGUGUACCGUAGGGUCUUAUGCGUUGGGCGCCGGCUGCACAGGGAAGUAUGCCAGGGAUUGGUGGUGUAAAUACUUGCAGAGUGUUGCUUCAUCUUUGGCCAUUUCACCAACAGGCAUGGUUACAAGUGAUCUCGUUAUUCAACAGCAAUGCGUGCAAAGGGCUAGCACUUGUUCUGUGUGCGCCGCAGGUUGUUUGUUGCAUUUGGCUUCUUUUGCAGCCCUCUUUGCUGAUAGCAUCGACCUUGAAACAUCACGGGUAAGCCUUUUCAUUUUACAUGGUUCAUAAACUUAGCUAACACAUACAACAUGCUGAGAAGGUUAAACUAUGCUUGAAUUUCUAGCGUUUCCUCGUCUCUUUGAGAAUGGGCUCCUCCCAUUUAGCUUAACCUCUUGAAUCCCUGCAACGUCAAAUGGGCCGACGUUCAAAUGCUGCGUAACUAUCUCAGGUUGUCUCCCUUUCUUGUUUUGACUGGUAUAUCGGAGUACAGUACUUCAGUUCAUUUUGGUUUUGAUAUCUAGCUUGUAAAAUGCCUUUUCCAGUUUCAAAUGACAAGUUAUUCAUUAUUCAUCAG